CUUCUCUCAACGAUCUCUGCACACUGCACAAACACAAAUUUUACUGACCACUGCCUUAAUUGGAUCUGCGUGCCCCCUGACUUCUCCAUUAUAGCUCUCUCUCUCUCUCUCUCUCUCUCUCUCUCUCUUUCUCUCUCUCUCUCUCGCGUACUGAUUGUCUCUGCUGCUGAGUUCCGAGUUGCAGUCAUCUUCGGCAUCUCCGACCGGCGAGUCUUUCGAUCUGCGGUGGAUCUCGGUUCCUCGGGUGCAGCUCGACCUUCUUCGUUCUGGAUCUCUGUUUCUCCGCUUGGCAUUGAGGAUGUGGGUCGUCUUUCUCUUUGUGUUUGAUCCUUUGGGUGUAUGAUCAAUGUUGAUGUGAGUGUGGGAUUUUGUCGGCGCGGUGAUGAAUCCUCUCUGCUGCAUUGCUCCGGUUUCGAUCGAAGAUCGGGCUAAUCCGGUGGUGGCGAAAUCGUCGGCGACAGCGAAUCAACAGUAUCAGCUAGGGCUCGAAGCUCCUCCAAUCGGUAAACCCAGUAGCAAUCACGCCUCCAAGCCGUCGCUCUCGAUUCAGGCCUCGUGGAUCAGCCAAGAUCAGCUCGACCAGCUCUCUUCCUGUACCGCCAAGUCCGAUGCCGUUGUCUCUGAUGAAGCGAAUCAAGAGGGCAAGGAUCACUCCUCUAAGGGCGGAUUGUUCGCAGGAAACGGCGUCGUCACAGGAGGUGGAGUUGCCGGGAUCAUGUAUAAGUGGGUGAACUACGGGAAAGGUUGGAGAGGCAGAUGGUUCGAGCUGGAGGACGGCGUUUUGUCGUACUACAAGGUCCGUGGACCUGAUAAGAUCAUGAUGAAUCCUUCAAAAGAGACGGGCGUGAGGGUGAUCGGCGAGGAAUCGAUGAGAUACAUGAGGAAGGCGAGCUGCAGCAGCAGCAACCGGCUUGGCGUCCCUGCUGCUUACAGGCCUUGUAAACCCUUCGGAGAAGUACAUUUGAAGGUUUCUUCAAUUCGUGCAAGCAAGUCUGAUGACAAAAGGCUUACCAUAUUCACGGGGACAAAGACUCUUCAUUUGCGUUGUGUAUCGAGAGAGGACAGAACAGCUUGGGUUGAAGCCUUGCAAGCUGCCAAAGAUCUUUUUCCUAGAGUGCCCAGUACUGAUAUUACACCCACCGAAGAUGCAGUUGUUUCAACCGAUAAGCUACGAGAGAGGUUAUUGCAGGAAGGCAUCGGUGAGGCAGUCAUCAAAGAUUGCGAAUCUAUAAUGCUCUUGGAAGUUUCUGUGGUGCAGAGCCAAUUAAAGAUUCUCAAACAUAAACACGUCUUAUUACUGGACACACUUAGACAAUUAGAGACUGAGAAAAUAGAGCUGGAAACUACUGUAGUAGACGAAACAAAGGAGCAUGACUCGUGCUGUGGACAAGGAAGAAGAUUUAGUGAUUUCUAUUCAGUCAUGUCAGAGGUAAGUGCAAGUGAUUCUGAGGCAGAUAAUGAAAGUCAAGAUGGAGCAGAUGUUGAAAGCGAUGAAGAUGAUGUGGCAUUCUUUGAUACUAACGAUUUCCUGUCAGCCGAGGCACUGCGAAGUGCUUCCUAUCGCAGUAGGGAAGCUGCAGGAAGUGGUUCUAUCUAUGAUAAAGAUAUAUUCUUUUCUGACCGAUUGCAUGAUGUUGCAAUCAGGAUUCCCCAAUAUCCAUAUGUUAAAAGAAGGGAUAACUUACCGGAACCAAAGGAGAAGGAAAAGCCAGUUGGGUUGUGGUCAAUCAUCAAGGAGAACAUUGGUAAAGACUUGUCUGGAGUUUGUCUCCCCGUAUAUUUCAACGAGCCACUCUCUUCUCUACAAAAGUGCUUCGAGGAUUUGGAGUACUCGUAUUUGGUUGAUCGAGCAUUGGAGUGGGGAAAGCAGGGGAAUGAAUUGAUGAGGAUUCUAAAUAUUGCAGCAUUUGCUGUAUCUGGCUAUGCAUCCACAGAAGGUAGGCAAUGCAAACCUUUUAAUCCUCUGCUUGGUGAGACCUAUGAAGCUGAUUACCCUGAUAAAGGACUUCGUUUCUUCUCUGAAAAGGUGAGCCAUCAUCCGAUGAUUGUUGCUUGCCAUUGUGAGGGACAAGGCUGGAAUUUCUGGGGAGAUUCAAAUAUCAAAGGAAAAUUCUGGGGACGAUCAAUCCAGCUUGACCCAGUUGGUGUCCUGACAUUACAAUUUGAGGACGGAGAGACAUUCCAAUGGAGCAAGGUUACCACCUCGAUAUACAACAUCAUCCUUGGUAAACUUUACUGUGAUCAUUACGGUACCAUGCGCAUUAAGGGCAGCGGCAACUAUUCCUGCAAGCUGAAGUUCAAGGAGCAGUCAGUCAUAGAUCGAAAUCCUCGUCAGGUUCAUGGCUUUGUGCAAGACAAUAGGACUGGGGAGAAGGUAGCUAUAUUGGUAGGCAAGUGGGACGAAGCCAUGUACUAUGUAUUGGGAGACCCGACAACAAAACCAAAGGGAUAUGAUCCCAUGACAGAAGCCGUGUUGUUGUGGGAAAGAGAAAAGGCUCCUACAAAGACAAGAUAUAAUCUUUCUCCUUUCGCCAUCUCCCUUAACGAAAUAACAUCUGGACUGCAAGAAAAGUUGCCUCCGACUGAUUCAAGGCUGAGACCGGACCAAAGGCACUUAGAAAAUGGCGAAUAUGAGUUGGCAAAUGCCGAGAAAUUGAGACUGGAACAGCUGCAAAGACAGGCAAGGAGGCUGCAGGAGAAGGGGUGGCAGCCAAGAUGGUUUCAGAAGGAUGAAGAAGGGAACUAUCGGUAUGUAGGAGGAUAUUGGCAAGCUCGAGAAAAGCGGCUGUGGAAUGGAAUUCCCGACAUUUUCAGGCAGAGUAACACAGAUUCAGCUCUCUUGUAUCCUUGACCAGUAAUAACAAAAAAGGUGGUCCGAUUCGGUAUAGAAGGCAGGUCGGGUUGUCGACCUUCUAGCCCUUGUGUUUCUUGCUUCUCCUUUGUGCUUGUGGGUAAAAAUGAUGGAUACAGAAUGAAGGAAAGGAGUGUCAAGAUUAUUAUGGUUUUGGAGACCCUCCCUUUCGAACCGAGACUCUGUAGUCUCACAUCACAUGCAUGCACGUCUGUUUGGUUA